UUGAGAUCGUCCCCCAAAAUUCAAUUGUUCAAUGCGCAGACUCAGAACGCAAAAGCAACAUGGCCGACAAAAACAAAAACUAGAAAUUGCAUAAGUUUUGACUUUAACCUUAGAUUUCUCAUUUCUCGAACUUAAUUUACAUUCAGGCAACAUCCAAACAAAAACUGGAACCACAAAGAAAACUAUAAAUCUAGUUUAUAUUUUGAUGUGUGAGCUAAUCUCAGCAUACAGCCGAUUUAAUUCGAACAGUUUUUUGGAUCUGGAAUUUAAUUUACCAAACCAAGUUCUAAAACUUCACAUCGGUCUAAAUCGCAAAACAAACAGUUAAAGAAUCAUAUAAAGUGAUUUAUCUUCAUGAUAAAUUGAUCUGCAUCUAAGGACUUUUUAUUUUGCAAAUAUUUGUGCAUAUGAUGUCAUCUGCUGUACGAUGGGGUCUAAAGCCUGUGAAAGCAUUGGUUUGGACGAGUGUUGGGAAGCAUGGUCAUGGGAAGUUGAGGAUUUAUAACGCAUAUCAACAAGUUCAACAGCAAUGCUUAUCGACAAGCUCUGUGCUAUAUUGCAUCACAGGUGGACCACCUCGCGACGGUGGCAUAGGCACGGGAAAUGACAACAAAAAGACAACAUCAAAACAGAAAUCAGGUGAUCCCCUUAAAGAAGGCGAUAGCAAAGAAGCAGAAAAAGGUGGAGAUGGAGGCAAAGGAGGCGGUGGUGGGAAAAAGGGAGGACCAGGACAACUGUGCUGUCCAAAAUGCGGAGACCCUUGCACCCAUGUAGAGACAUUUGUGUCUUCCACUCGCUUUGUGAAAUGCGAAAAGUGCCAUCACUUCUUCGUCGUACUUUCGGAAAAAGACACAAAAAAUACCUCAGGCUUAACCCAGGCAGACAAACCGAAGUUUACCCCACCACCCCCUCCUAAAAAGAUAUAUGAAUAUCUUGGAAGACAUGUUGUCGGCCAAAACGCUGCAAAGAAGGUUCUCUCUGUCGCAGUCUAUAACCACUACAAACGGAUCAACACCAACAUGCUUAACAACCCCACCCCCAGCAAUAAACAGCCUGAGGGUCAGGACACAAAUAUGCGUCAAGCCUUGUUCAGUCCACGAGGGCUGUCACUCCAGCAAAACACUGGGCCAAAAUCUAGCGUGCUACGAGAGCUGCUAACGAUUGAUGGAAUGAACCAUGGGAGUCCACUAGGUCCAGCCGUGCCUCCUCAGAAUCAACAAGACCAGAAUAAACGUGCAAGCGACAUCCUCGACGCAACAUCACAUGACCUGCUUAUAGAAAAGAGUAAUAUAAUACUGCUGGGCCCAACUGGAUCAGGCAAAACUCUUCUUGCCCAAACCUUAGCCCGUUGUCUCGAUGUUCCAUUUGCCAUAUGCGACUGUACAACUUUGACGCAGGCAGGUUACGUUGGAGAUGAUAUUGAGUCAGUUAUAGGAAAACUGUUGCAGGACGCAAAUUACAAUGUGGAGAAAGCUCAACAAGGUAUUAUCUUCCUUGAUGAAGUUGACAAGAUCGGAAGUGUACCGGGAAUCCACCAACUCCGUGAUGUUGGAGGGGAGGGGGUACAACAAGGCAUGUUAAAACUCCUAGAAGGGACUAUAGUAAAUGUCCCAGAGAGGAACUCAAGGAAAAUUCGUGGGGAAACGAUAUCUGUCGAUACAACCAAUAUUUUGUUUAUUUCAUCCGGGGCCUUUGUUGGACUGGAUAGAAUCAUAGGACGUAGGAAACAACAAAAGUAUUUAGGUUUUGGUGCUCAAUCCAACUCCAGUGAGGGGAGACGUGCUGCCUUACAGGCUGAUCUAAAAACUUAUGGCGAUGGUAGCGAUGCUGUAACGGAACAAGAAGAAAAAGACAAACUCCUUACCAAUGUUGAAGCUAGAGAUUUGAUAGACUUUGGAAUGAUCCCUGAGUUUGUCGGGCGGUUCCCUGUUGUCGUGCCUUUCCAUAGUCUCACUGAAGAAAUGCUUAUAGAGAUUCUGACUGAGCCGAAAAAUGCUCUUCUGUCCCAGUUCAUAGCAUUGUUUUCUAUGGAUAAGUGCAACCUUGACAUAAGACCAGAUGCGUUAUCAGCCAUUGCCCACAUGGCCCUAGAGAGGCGAACAGGAGCAAGGGGGCUAAGAGCAAUUAUGGAAAAAAUCUUAUUGGAGCCUAUGUUCGAGGUGCCAGGGUCAGACAUUGUUAGUGUUAUAGUCGAUGAGAAUGUGAUAAAAAAUAAAGCCAACCCGGAGUAUGUAAGAGCCCCAAAGAAUGAGUCUGAGGACACUGAAUAUGAUAGUGGUGUCGAAGAGGACCAAAUAAAUGUGAGGAGCCAGUAAACUAUGAAUAAACGAAUGCAGUAAAUUUUAGAUUUGAUGAAAGUGAAUAAAACUAGGAGGUGGGACAUUUUGGAAAGUUAUGGAUAGAGGCGAAUUUAAAUUGAAGGCAGCAAUGGAUUUUAGAUUGUAUAACUGAGAAUUUAGUUUAAAAGGAAGAUAGUUUGGAGACAGUAAAUGUUUCAUUAUAUUGAGUCAGUAUUCUUUUUAUUAAUGUAUGGAGUCAUUUAUUAACAGUUACUUGUUGAACAUAGCUUGUUAAUCCCCCAUAGCUUAACCUAAGCCCUAUUUUCAUAAUAUGUAAUUGAGUAUAUCACGAUUCAUCGUAUGUUAUUGAUGAGUAUAUCAUGUUCAUUGUAUGUAAUUGAGUAUAUCAAGAUUAAUUAUAUGUAAUUAGAAUCUAAAAUAAUUCAUCAGGUGCAGCUGAGAUUAAUAUAAACCAUCAGAAGUAGCACGCAACAUUUCUUUUUCAUUGAUUUGUACCAUAAUCAGUUGAUUUGUACCAAAAUCAGUUGAUUUGUACCAAAAAUGCAUGUUGUUUUGAGGACC